AACAGACCUUUGCCUACAGGCUGCUGCAGCACCAACCCGCACUGCAGCUCAUCCCCCCUGACAUUCUCCCAGAUCACUGCUUGCUGAGCUCCCCUCUAGAUUCCCUCUUUAACUUUCCCAACCCAUUGUUUCUCAACUCUUGGCACACUUUCUCCUCUCCAUUGCACAGGCGUCAGCCCAACUUCCUCCCCUGGUAUCCCUCCCCCAGAUCUCAGAGCUUCCCCUCCCUCUCUCCUCACCCACUCCAAGGACUCCAAAACCCUCCUUGUCUUCCCUCUUAUUCCUAGACUUCAGACCCGACCCCACAAAGGAAACCAUGCAUGGAGUUGUACCUGUUCAGAGCCCUGUGGGUGUCUGCAUCUCUGAUGCCCUCAUUGCCAAGAGGAAUUUGGCCUUCACAAAAGAGGAUCCUUCAGAGGUGACUUUUUCAUAGUUCUUCUUGAGGACUCACUGGAAUCCCAUCCAAUGCAAUUUCUGCUACUCUGGAGACCCUGAGUCCAGCCUGUGCCAGGGUCCAACAACCCUUAAUACAAACAGAAGGACCUUCUUGCUGAGAGCUGAUCGAAGUCCUUCAGCACUGCUUUCCUCCUGGGAAAUGCUAUUUCUGGCUCUGAGAAACUAAAGAUGUGGGUCUCCCACUCCAACAUGGUUGCCUCUCCUCUCAGACCUCGGGCUCUUGCUGCACUGCAGACUGUCCGCCUAGACCGAGAGGGCAUUGGCUACAUUGGAAACCUGGAGGGCCUCCGAGCCCUUCACAGUCUCUACCUUCAAGAGAAUGAGAUCCAGCGAAUUGAGAACUUAGACUGCCUCCCUUGCUUACGCUUCCUAACUCUGGCAGGAAACAAGAUCCAACAGGUGGAAAACCUACAUGGUCUCCGGUGGCUGCAGCUCCUGGAUUUGUCCCACAACCAGAUCGCAACGUUGCAACCAGCUGAGCUUCCCCAGAACCUCCUAGUCCUUAAUCUUUCUGGGAAUGACUGUACCAAGCAGGAUGGCUACAGGGAAAUGGUGACAGAGUCCUUACCUCGGCUUCUGGAUCUGGAUGGUGAGACAGUGCCUGGAUGGGAGGACCUGGAGGAAGAGGACAAAGCAACUGACACGCAGGACGAGUUCCCCGAAUUGAGCGGCUCCUUCUGUGCGGAACGAGGCUUCCUCGAGGAACUGGAACAGGAGCUGGAUGCUCACAGAGACAGGAGACUAAGGGAGGCCCUGAUGGAGCAUGAGAUCAGGAUGGCAUUCAAGCCAGUGAUCACUGACCUGUCACUGCUGCCAGGGGCCCCUCCACCCAAGAGCCACAGCCCGUGCCCAGUGCCCAAGCAAGUCACUGCAGGGGCCAGCCCUACUGCCACUUCCCCCGGGCAACCUUCUGUCAUCAGGAAAUCCCGUGGCCUAGACAGCCAGCAGCAGAGCAACACAGGCCAAGUGGAGAAAAGGGGAAGGCUGACCACAGGCUCCCAAGCCAAAGCCCAACACGCUACCAGAAUAGCAACCAUCAGAGCCAAGAAAUGAAGGGCCCGCAGGCUCUUUAUACCCCAUCUUUUCUCUCACAGCAAAGCCAUGGGAGGAAAAAAAAGGGUGGGGAAUGAAAGUGGCCAUGACUUUAAAUUCCCAUUCCCUGACAGAAGUUCAUUCCUAAUAAA